AUGCAUUUUCCAUGGCGCAGUAAGCAACAGCCAUCGGAAGAACAAUCAUCGUCGCCACCAUCCGAACAGCGCGCUCUAAGUUCGCUCUGGUCUACCACGGAAGACACUCUCCAGAGACACGCAACCAACGUACAAGCCAAACCCGCAAGCGCAAAUGGCGCCCUUCAAGACUACACAGUCAACCGUAUCACAUCCAAUAUAGAAACUCGUAUCAGAGCCGAAGCAUGCGAGCUCGGCACACGUCCCGCGGCAUAUCUUAUUCUAUCCGGCUUCUUUCUGGGCUCUGUUUCGACGCUUGGCGCGACAUUCGUGUACAGGCGAUAUUUUAGGCGUUUGAGGACAGCUGAGUGGGUUACACCUGAUAUACUUCAGCGGAAGAGGUGGGUGAGGGGUGUCGUGACGAGUGUAGGGGACGCAGAUAACUUCAGGUUGUAUCACACACCCAGCUUUGGGUGGAGAUGGCCGUUGAAGUUCAGAAGAGUACCAACCUUGAGCAAAGAACUCAAAGACCAGACGAUCCACGUUCGUAUUGCAGGUGUUGAUGCACCCGAGGGAUCACAUUUUGGUCGCCCAGCCCAGCCAUACGCUGUAGAAGCUCUCGCAUGGUUGAAAAAUACGAUCGAGGGCAAGACAGUCUACUGCCAACUCGUUCGGCGUGACCAAUACUCUCGUAUCGUAUCGGUAGUCAAUCUUCCGCCACCGUUCCUCCCAGGCUGGGUUACCAGAGGCCGGAGCCUCUCACUUGAGAUGCUCCGGGCCGGGACGGGCCUGACCUACGAACAAGCGGGCGCGGAGUAUGGGAAGUACGGGAAGGAUAAGUUUUUGAGAGUUGAAGCUGAGGCGCGAGCCGCGCGCAGAGGGAUGUGGGAAGAUGGUACAGCGAGGGAAACACCAGCGCAGUAUAAGCGGCGGUACGCGCAGGGCGGGUCAGACGUUGAGGCUCAGACCCAAGGUAGGACAAAGGCGGAGAAAGAGAACUCGAAGGGGGGCGGGCUGAGAGACAUUUUGAAGGGACUUUGGUCAUGAACGUCAUCGAAGAUGCCGUUCAUCUAGCCUACCCUAACAAUGAUUUCUCUUGCAGCAUCACAUUUGUGCGUAAGCUGUUGAACUGGACGCAGACCACGGGGACCAUUGAAAUCAACAAAUCGACUUACUUCUGCCCCAACAGCUCUUCAAAUUUCAAUGCGACUUGCUGAUGGUGGACCAAGGGGCUAGUAGUGAUAGACGCAAUCUACCACACUGAUCUAAUCGUGUUUGAUUGCUACUAGAGACACUAAUGUGGAACCAAAGUCACUUCAUUCGUCAAACAUCUUCAUGAAGGAUAGACGCUGAAUCAAGAUCCUGUAAAGUGAUCAUGUGAGGUGUUGUGCCAGGUAAACGAGUAUCGCAUGAUAGUAAUACAUCGACAGUU